AUGUCUACAAAUUUAACUGCUCUUAUUACUGGUUAUACGGGAGAAAGUGGAAAAGCAUUAUUAAAAGAAUUAAUACAAAAUAAUCAAUUUAAAAAAAUUAUUUUGGUUGGUCGUCGUCAUGUUGAAUACACAGAUAAUGAAUAUAAAGAAAAAACGGAACAACGUCUAAUCGAUUUUGCUAAAAUUGAUGAUUAUCCAGAAGCAUUUCAUGGUGCCGAUAUACAUUAUUGUUGUUUAGGUACAACAAGAGGCAAAUCUGGAGCAGAAGGUUUUCGACAAGUCGAUUUUGAUUAUAUAGUUGGAGCAGCUCGACUUGCUAAGCAAGAAGGUUGUAAACAUUUUCAUCUUGUAUCAAGUCAAGGUGCUGAUCCACAAUCAUUAUUUCUUUAUCCUAAAGUGAAAGGUCAAACAGAAACAGCUUUGACUCAAAUGUCAUUUGAACGUUUAUCAAUUUAUCGACCAGCAAUGUUAAUGGUAGAUCGAACUGAAAAUCGUCCAUUGGAAAAUUUUGCACAAACAAUUAUUCGUAACACUGUACAACGGAUAGCACCUGAAUGGAUUACAACACCUGUUGAAGUUCUUGCACGAGCAAUGUGUUUCAAUACAUUUACUAAAGAUCGACCAAGUACUGAAAUUCUUGAUAAUCAUGCUAUCUUUCGCCUUUCGGAACAACAACCAAUUCAAACCAAAGAACAAUCGCAAGCUACAAAUAACUCUUAA